GACAACACAUGCGUCCCUGGCCGCUUCCACUUCAACCCCUCUUAAAAUUGAUUGAUUAAACGAUGAAUAGCACAUCCCCUGUUUCGGAAUGCUUCGUGAAGCCACACCACAGCACGCAAGACUCAACACAACUGUGCCACCUAACACCAUGGGAUCUUGCCAUGCUCUCCGUCCAUUACAUCCAAAAGGGACUUCUCUUCAAGAAGCCACAAAACCAACCUCAAAAUUUCACCCAAAAUCUAUUGCACGAUCUCAAACACUCACUCUCUCUUACCCUUAUCCAUUUCUAUCCCUUGGCUGGUCGCCUUGUUACUCACCAAACCCAAGACCCUCCCUCUUAUUCUGUCUCCGUUGACUGCGUCAACUCUCCCGGAGCAAAAUUCAUCCACGCAACGGUGGAUCUCACCGUAUCUGAUAUCCUCUCCCCCGUUGACGUCCCUCCGAUUGUUCAGUCGUUCUUUGAUCAUGACAGAGCCGUCAGUCAUGACGGCCACCACGUGUCCCUCUUAACCAUCAAAGUCACUGAACUAAUCGACGGCGUUUUUAUUGGCUGCUCCAUGAACCAUUCCCUCGCUGAUGGCACUUCUUACUGGAACUUCUUCAACGCUUGGUCUAAGAUCUUUCAAUCUCAUUCUCAAUCUAAAUUCAAAGGGGAACAAGACGUUGAUGUUGCCAACAUUUCCCACAAGCCCAUUCACAAGCGCUGGUUUCCACAGGGUUGUGGCCCAAUAAUCAAUCUCCCAUUCAAACACCAUGACGAGUUUGUCUGUAGAUUCGAAGCACCAAAACUCAGAGAGAGGAUCUUCCACUUCAGUGCAGAAUCCAUUGCCAAGCUGAAAGCAAAGGCAAACCAGGAAUCCAACACCACCAAGAUCUCUUCAUUCCAAUCAUUGUCAGCACUUGUUUGGAGAUGCAUCACUCGUGCUCGCAGAUUACCGCAUGAUAGAAAGACGAGUUGCAAGCUGGCAAUGAACAAUCGAAGCAGAAUGGAACCUCCUCUGCCUCCGGAAUACUUUGGGAACGUACUUCAUGCGGUGAGUGCAGCAAUGACAGCAGGGGAAUUGCUUGAACAUGAUCUGGGUUGGGCAGCGUGGAAGAUCCACCUGGCUGUUGUGAACCAUAAUAAUGGAGUGACGCUUGAGUUUCUCAAAGAGUGGUUAAAGUCUCCAGUGAUCUAUCAACAUGCUCGGUUCUUUGAACCGGCUAGUGUGAUGAUGGGUAGUUCACCGAGAUUCAACAUGUAUGGGAAUGAAUUUGGAAUGGGGAAAGCGGUGGCGGUUCUGAGUGGAUAUGCUAAUAAAUUUGAUGGGAAAGUAACGUCAUACCCUGGCCGCGAAGGAGGUGGAAGCGUUGACUUGGAAAUGUGUCUUUUUCCAGAUUCAAUGUGUGCGUUGGAAUCUGACCAAGAGUUCAUGAAUGCGGUUUCUGUGUCUAAUUAAUGUGCCCUUCAUGCAUUUCCACCUUGUUGCUUGAAGAAUAAUUGCUAGCUGCUUCAGUUUAUGUUUUCUUUUCUCUUUUCUUUUUAAUGUUGUUUGUGAAGUAGAUUAAGCCUUAUAUGUGAUGCUGCCGAUAAUCAAACUUGUUUGUUCCACCAAAGAUUUCGUCAUUUGAUGUUUGUGUGCUGCUCAACCUGUGUUUGUACGGUAUUGAAUCGUUUUUCAGUGCUUU